GAAACCUUUGCAGCAUCCUCGUAUCCUGAUUGAUUAGGAGUUGAUGUGUCCCCUGAAAAUCUGAACGAAAAUUGUGAUAGCAAAAGAAAACUAAUGGCGUAUUCGUCAUCUUCAGUUCGAGCAUUUAGUUCAUUACUCUACAGAUUCUCUAAUGGGGUUUAUCUUAAACCCCACCAUUCUUGCACUCUCAAAAGUGCUUUAUUCUUAAGUGGGAAAAUUUCAUCUUCUUCAUGUUAUUCUUCAUGGGUCUUGCCUUUGGAACUUCAAUCUUGCAAUUCAGUGAGAAAGAUUUGGACUUUUUCUCCUCUCUGUAUGGGCAGGCGCUCCUCCAAAAUUGCUGGCAGAAAGACUGCUCAGGAUCUUAAGAAGGCAAAGUUGUACUCAAAAAUCGGGAAGGAAGUUGUUUCUGCGGUUAAGAAAGGUGGUCCCAGUCCAAUAUCUAAUACGGCUCUCGCUGCUCUCAUUGAGAAAGUUAAGGAGCUUGAUAUACCCAAAGACAUUGUUGAGCGCAAUAUUAAGAGAGCUUCAGAAAAGGGUCAGGAAGCUUUUAUCGAGAAGAUCUAUGAGGUAUAUGGUUAUGGUGGAGUUGGUAUCAUCGUUGAGGUCUUAACAGAUAAAGUAAACAGGUCAGUGGCAGCAGUUCGAGAGGUGGUGAAGGACUGUGGUGGGAAGAUGGCAGAUUCAGGAUCCAUUAUGUUCAAGUUCCGACGCGCUCGGGUUGCUAAUGUAAAAGUCACUGAUGUCGACCGGGACCAGCUCCUAACAAUUGCUUUAGAUGCUGGUGCUGAAGAUAUAAUUGAACCUUCAAUGGAUGACUAUGAUACAGAAGCAAAUUCAUCUGAAAGUAGGGUUUACAAAGUCGUGUCUUCAGCGGAGAACUAUCCAGUGAUAUUAUCAAAGCUACAAGAGGAAGGAAUAAAAUUUGAACCUGACAACGGAUCUGAGCUACUUCCUAUAACUCCAAUUGAGGUAGAUGAUGAGGCUAUGGACUUGAACAAAGAACUCAUGUCUAAAUUACUUGAACUUGAUGAUGUUGAUGCUGUGUACACAGAUCAGAAGUAUUAGCUUAUUUGCCACUUAACAGUGGCUGCGCCUAACAACUGGUUGUUGAGGCUGUUGAUGAGUGAUAGCAACAUAUAUUCGGAACUGUAGAAUCCUGGAGUCAUGAGCAAAUCUAAGCCUUUGUCACCCUAUCAAUCUUACUUCCACAAAGAAUAUGCCCAUUUUCUCAGCUUAGGAACUCAUACCAUGGUUUGGCCCGAAUUUCUCAUAGGGUUUUGAUCUUUUAAAUGAUAGAAUGAAUCUGUAGAUUCCAUUUUUUAUACGUGUUAACCCAAAAAAUAUGUUACAGUCUUUGUUCCCCCUUUAUUCCUUUUAUCAGUAAAAUGGAUGUGCUUCGCCAUGUUACAACUGUCCCUUGAAAGAGAUCAUCUGAAGUCUGAAGUCAUUGCCAAUAAUAUAUCCUGUAGCUCUCUCUCUCUCUCUGUAUCAGUAUGAUGAAUCUCAUAUCCAAUUUUCCAAUUUCUGCUGCAGAAGUAUAUUAUUAACAUUUGAUUCAUA